AUGGGAGCAAGGCAGCUGAAAAGAGACGUCGAGGCUCUUAUUGGUGACUACAUUGGGCAGAGAAUUAGAGAAAAGUCUUUCGAUCCAAAGGGAAAAGGGACCUCCACAAUGUUGGAUGACUUGGCUCAUUAUGAUCUUGCCAUUAACGUUGCUCUUUGGUGGUUGAACAAGGAGGAGGGGCGGUAUGUGCUUGACAGAGAUAUCAUUGGAACAAUGCGCAGCCCUGGCAGUGCCCAGUACCCCAACCGCCUAGAACGGGAGGCUAUGAUCUUAUCGUCCUUUGCCGGGAUUAUUAUGAAUAGCCUACCAGUGGAGGAAAUCCUGGCUCUGUACAAGUGUAAACCAGCUACAUCAUACCCCAACCAUCAAUCUAAGGGUGCAAUUGUGUAUCCCUUCACUCUUUCCUACCAUCCUUUUGCUAUGCUCGCGUCUUACAAGGCUGUCCACCACUCCAAGAAGCACAAUCAAAAGUUGAAAAGAUGGCUGGCUGAGAAGGCAAAGGCCAAUGCCCCCCCAGUCCGAGUUCCACCGCCCUCUUCAUCAUCUUCUUCCUCAUCCUUCCUAAGUGACAGCAGUGAGUGUCAAGAGGAAAAAACCGAGUACUAUGAGGGUUCACGGGAGUCUGUGCAGGACUGA